UGGAAGGUCCAUGAGGAACAAGAUUUUUCCCAACGAAUUCCCCUUCUCCAACUCAUUCGGAUCUUUGAGACACAUUCCAACUUAGAAUGUUUCUUCUCUCUUAUUACAUCCAUUCCACAAACAAAGCUUUUAAUCUUCUCCAUUGUCUUUUUUAAUCUCCAUUCUAUCACUUUCACUUCAUUUCGUUUCCUCUCAAACUCCAUAGAAAACGAUAAUGGCGAUCGGGGGAAAGUCUCGUGUUGCUAAGCGUUCCUCCUCCGUUUCGUAUGCAUCCACUGUAACCACUGUGGUCUUCGUUACCUUAUGUGUUUUGGGAGUUUGGAUGCUCACUUCCAACUCCGUUUCCUCCCCUCAAACCACCACCACCACUCGAACCGUCACUGACACCAAUAGUGACAUUGCAUUUUCUGGUUCCAAUGAAGAACAACCCUCCAAAAUUAACGAAGAUCAGAAAGAUAAAGCGGUGUUCGAAGAUAACCCUGGCCAACUUCCCGAUGAGGCCGUCAAGCCUGACGAUGAUAAGGUGUCGGAGUCUGAUGAUCUAGAUAAAGUGAAAGAAGGUGCCGCUGUUGAAGAAACCCGACAUGGUUUACAAGGAAAAGAAUCAGCAGAAGAACAGGAGAAGCAAAAAAUGAGUGAAACUCAGAUAUCCGAAGAAAGUGUGUUGACGCAAAACCAACAAUCGAAGCAAAAUGGUCUCAAGGAAGUUGAAGAUAAUAAGCAAAUGAGUAAUGAAGAACCCAUCAAGGUUCAUCAAGAGGAAACUAUCAACAAUCAGGAUCCGUCGGAAGAUCAAGAUCAAAUUCGGGUUGUGGAAAAGAAACAAAUAACCGAGAAACCCAAGGAACGGCCUGCCAAAAAGAAGAAGAAACACGCUGAAAGCAUUGAGAGACCGCUGGAGAAGACGAUGAUCGGGAAAUCAAAGAAGGAUGAUGUGGCGGAAAUGGAAGAUGAACCGAGGGUAAACAAACCAAAAAUUCAAGACCAACUAGAGGAGGAUGAACCCAAGGGAACCAAACAACCGAAUCAAGACCAACUAGAGGAAGAUGAAUCGAAGGGGACCAAACAACUAAAUCAAGAUCAACUAGAGCAAGAUGAACCCAAGGGAAACAAACUACAGAAUCAUGACCAACAAGAGUCGCAGGUGCAAGGGAUCGACAACGCCACAUUCAAUGACGAAACCAAGGACAAACCGGAGAUUCUAAACACCACCCAAACUGAUACGUUCCAGAGUUUAUUGAAGACAAAGACGAACCAGGAAACAACGGAGAAAGACACCCAUAUUGAAGCUCAACAACAGCAUGAGUCCACCUCGGAGGAAACGUUAGGAAGUACCAUUCCGAAAGAGUCCACCGAAUCGAAGAACGCCUGGAAGUCGCAAAAGGCACAAUCAGAGAACGAGAAGGAGAGACGGAGGGACGAAUCGAGCGGCAAAGAGGGCCUCUAUGGUUACACUUGGCAUUUGUGCAACGUAACUGCUGGCCCUGAUUACAUACCCUGUUUGGAUAACGAGAAAGCUUUGAAGAAAUUACGCAGUACCAGGCACUUCGAGCAUCGGGAGAGGCAUUGCCCUGAGGAAGGACCAACGUGUUUGGUCCCUCUUCCAAAGGGAUACAAACGGCCCAUCUCCUGGCCCAAAAGCAGAGACAAGAUAUGGUACAAUAAUGUACCACAUACGAAACUGGCUGAGUUUAAAGGGCACCAAAACUGGGUUAAAGUGAGCGGCGACUUCUUGACUUUCCCCGGUGGGGGUACCCAAUUCAUCCAUGGCGCCCUCCACUACAUCGACUUUCUCCAACAAUCAGUACCCAACCUUAAAUGGGGUAAACGCACCAGAGUGAUCUUGGAUGUUGGAUGUGGAGUUGCAAGCUUUGGAGGGUAUCUUUUCGAUAGAGAUGUUUUAACAAUGUCUUUUGCCCCCAAAGAUGAGCAUGAAGCUCAAGUUCAAUUUGCCCUCGAAAGAGGAAUCCCUGCUAUAUCAGCUGUGAUGGGUUCUCAGAGGCUACCGUUUCCUUGUAGAGUCUUUGAUGUGGUUCACUGUGCACGCUGUAGAGUGCCGUGGCAUGCUGAAAAUGGUAUGCUUCUGCUAGAACUGAACCGUGUACUGAGACCCGGAGGAUAUUUUAUCUGGUCAGCCACCCCUGUCUAUCAGAAACUUCCGGAGGAUGUUGAAAUAUGGAAUGCCAUGUCGUCCCUGACAAAAGCCAUGUGUUGGGACCUUGUGACCAUCAAAAGGGAUAAAUUGAACUCCGUUAGUGCUGCCAUCUAUCGAAAACCUAUCACAAACGAAUGUUAUGACAAAAGGCCGGAUAAUAAUCCACCAAUGUGUGAAGAAAACGAUGAUGCAAACGCUGUCUGGCAUGUACCCCUGCGGGCAUGCAUGCAUCGCGUGCCGAUAAAUCCAGCUGAAAGAGGAACACGAUGGCCUGCAUAUUGGCCUAAUCGGCUGCAGAAAGCUCCUUAUUGGUUGAACCGAACCCAGAUGGGGAUUUAUGGGAAACCGGCUCCUCAAGAUUUUGUAAAAGACUAUGAACACUGGACUCGAGUAGUUAGCAAGUUGUAUAUGAGCGGAUUGGGAAUCAGUUGGUCUAAUGUUAGAAAUGUGAUGGACAUGAGAGCUGUUUAUGGAGGGUUUGCAGCAGCUUUGAAGGACAUUAAAGUCUGGGUGAUGAAUGUGGUGAACCUUGAUUCUCCGGAUACACUUCCGAUCAUUUACGAACGCGGUCUUUUCGGAAUGUACCACGAUUGGUGCGAGUCGUUUAGCACAUAUCCGAGAUCGUAUGAUCUCCUGCAUGCCGAUCACCUUUUCUCGAAGCUGGAAAAGAGGUGCAAACUUCAACCAGUGUUGGCAGAGGUUGAUAGAAUCGUGAGACCAGGUGGAAAAUUGAUUGUUCGUGAUGAAUCAGAUGCCAUUGGUGAAGUUGAGAAUUUGUUGAAAUCACUGCACUGGGAAGUUCAGUUAACUUUCUCCAAAGAUCAAGAAGGAAUACUGAGUGCUCAGAAAGGUGAUUGGCGGCCUACAGCAUAUCAAGCUUCCAUCUGAUGACAUCCCCUUAUCUGUAUUUUGAUCAUUAUUUUUUUAUUUGUUGGAGCAUUCAUGGAUAUGCCUAGUGUUUUUGGGUGUCUAUAGGUCUUUUAGAUUGUUGGGUUUUUAGUUCACAUCCUCUUUCUUUUCGUUUCAUCUGCCCCUAAACUUUUUGUAAACAUUUUUUUGGAUUCAGGUCAACAUGAAAAGAAAAAAGAUAUUUAGAAAGAA